AUGGAGAGAGGGAAAGAUUUGACAGAGGGGUCAUCAAGAUCCCCCGGUGGCGGCGCCGGUGGUGAUUCGCCGCUAUCCACCACUCCCAGCCGCUAUGAAUCUCAGAAAAGAAGGGAUUGGAACACUUUUGGGCAGUUCUUGAAGAACCAGAGGCCACCAGUUCCACUCCCUCAUUGCAAUAGCGGUCAUGUACUUGAAUUUCUUAGAUAUCUUGAUCAGUUUGGCAAGACUAAAGUUCAUUUGCAGGGCUGCAUCUUUUUCGGGCAGCCGGAGCCACCAGCGCCGUGUACUUGCCCACUAAGGCAGGCUUGGGGCAGCCUCGAUGCACUAAUUGGAAGACUACGCGCUGCCUAUGAGGAGAACGGUGGAUCACAGGAAACUAAUCCAUUUGCUAGUGGUGCAAUAAGGGUUUAUCUGAGGGAAUUCAUCCAUGCCAUUUUCUUGAUUCAAUCUAUGGAUCAAAGAUUGAGACUUGUUGUGGACGGAGAAGAUCUGUUUCGAGCUGGGAAAAUCCCUUCAAGUUGUUUUCUCUGCGGAAAUCAUCAAUCAAAACCCACCCCCCAUAACUAUGAAUAA